UUCUAUAUGUAGUCUGUGCACUGUGGUUGAACCACGGAUAAGUUGGGUAAAUGAAAUGACGUUUUGCUUUAAAAGUGAGUGAAGUGAAUUAUUCACUAAAUAUUUGAAAUAAAUAAAGUGAAGCAAUAAAAUUAACGAAUUUAGAUCGCACCAGUUUGUUGUAUUUAUGGAGAUGGUGCUAAGCGUCCAGUGAUGUUCUCAACUAUAGCCUAUCAAUUAUCUACAAAGUUUGCUGAGGAAGGGAAGUGUCCGUGUGUGGAGCGUCGUGUCGGCAUGUCGAAGAAGCCGGCCGCGCAGCCGACGCUGCAUAAGGUGAUCAUGGUGGGCUCGGGGGGGGUCGGCAAGUCCGCCCUCACCCUGCAGUUUAUGUACGAUGAAUUCGUAGAAGACUACGAGCCCACCAAAGCCGAUAGUUACAGGAAGAAGGUUGUCCUGGAUGGAGAGGAAGUCCAGAUCGAUAUCCUGGACACAGCGGGCCAGGAGGACUAUGCCGCCAUCAGGGACAACUACUUUAGAUCCGGCGAGGGCUUCCUUUGCGUUUUCUCCAUCACUGAGCCUGAGAGCUUCGAUGCCACACAGGAGUUCAGAGAGCAGAUCCUUCGUGUUAAAAACGAUGACAACAUUCCGUUCCUGCUGGUCGGGAACAAGUCGGACCUCGCGGACAAGCGCCGGGUGCCGCUCGAGACCUGCAGGGAGAGGGCGCACAACUGGCAGGUGCCCUACGUCGAGACCUCGGCGAAAACUAGGGACAAUGUCGAUAAGGUGUUCUUCGACCUGAUGAGGGAGAUCCGCUCGCGGAAGUCUGACGACAGCCGCGCGACCAACGGCGAGGGAGGGAAGGGGAAAAAGAGCAAGAAAUUCAAAUGUGUCAUAUUGUAGACUUCCUUGAUGUAUGAUGGGCUUAAUGAUAGACGAUUUUGUGACUUGCGGACGUAAGAAUAACGAUCAACUUCGGCCUCCCUGGGCGCUGAUUAAAAUCUAUGCGUAUCUUUCUUAUAUAACAUGUUUCGAUAAUAAUUGUAUUAACGAUAUAAUCAACUGCUCAUCAAUAUUCUAGCCCUUUGGUUAAAGCGAAAUACAAAUCAUUUAAUUUUGAUUAUUUAACAAUAUUAUUAUUGUUAUUACUAUAAAGAAGUAGUAGGGAUUAACGCUAAUUUAUUCUUAAAAAUAAAUAAUCCUUAAUCGACCGUGCUCCGUGAAAAAAAACGGAAGUUCUAGAAGUUUGUUAAAGUCACAAAUUCGACUUUCACGAAAUUGGAACGUCCGGGUCUGUACGCGCUUGUGCCAGGCUCGUGUUGCCGCUUCACUACACGCGUUCAGUUUUGUUUCUCAUCAUUUUGAGGCUUUCCUGUAAAUCUAUACUUAAUAUUAUAAAGCUGAAGAGUUUGUUUGUUUGAACGCGCUAAUCUCCGUCCGAUUUGAAAAAUUAUUUCAGUGUUUGAUAGCCCAUUUAUUGAGGAAGGCUAUAGGACAGCGGUCGGGGAACCGGGGUAAAUUACCCCAAAUGGGGUAAAAUUAAAUUUUGGUUGUAAAAAUGAAACUUUUGUGAGUAAAAAGUAUAUAGGUAUUGCAGUAAAACUUCUUUAGAAUCGUUAAAUUUUUAGUGAUUAUUUUCUUUUCAAAAUUAUCAUGGGACUAUAAUAUGAAAAAUACUAAAAAGAAGCGAUUUCGUUUUUUUGGUUCUUCGCCAUGGGGUAAUAUCAACUUACACAAAACUAUUUUGGGGUAAUAAUUAAAAAAGUUCCCCGACCGCUGCUAUAGGCUAUAUAACAUCACGAUAAGACCAAUACAAGUGGAACACCAAUAAAUGUUUCAAAAUUGAGGUUUAAAUAGCUUCUUAACAUUCUAUAAUUAAAAAAUAUUUUCACUUUCUACGUAAAUAAAGUGGGGAGUAAAAUGUAGCGUUAUGCCAAAGUGACUAUUCCACGCGGACGGAGUCGCGGGCAAAAGCUAGUCCUUACAUACAUACAUACAAAUCAUACACCCGUGACAAGUAUUCACUGUACAUUAGACAAAACACGGAGCUUAGGCUGUAUUCCCGGGAAUACUGCGUAUACAGAAUGAUUAAAAUAGCAGAAUUACUAGUUGCAAUCGAUUGAGAAAAAUGAAAAUGCCCUAUUUAAAUAUGUUUUUUGUAAUAUGGUAUUUUUUGGUUUAAAUACUUUUAUUUCAUUCCGUAUUGCGAGGUAUACCUGUCACCCACAGGUAGGGUGACCGCGACAAGUGCCCAGCUAGAAAUGUUAUUCUAUAGAUACAUUAAAAGAAAAGUUGCCUUAAAAGAAAAUUAUUUAUCACUUAUCAUAUUUCUUGUAAAUGUCUAAUUCAUUUUUAAUCGGGUACUUAAUAACACAAUCCGUAAUCUAUAUGAGAUCGAAACUAAAUUAUUAUCUGUAAUAUCUUAUCAAUCGCGACGAUGUAAUGUAUCAUAUCGUCCAGAUCUUGUUUGGACGGUAUUGUUGUAAAUGGCAAUGACGUCCGUCGAUAUAAAGCAGUUGAGUGAUGCCUACGUCUAAACAAUGUAUCGAGGCGUGAAAGUUGAAACGCUAUUUGGUUUAAGCGACAUUUUUGCAACUUUACAGGAGAGACAUUUAAACUUUAAAAUUUGGUUAAAAUAUAAAAAAAAAAUUCAGCUAUUUAAAUGGGGUAAACUCAAUUGAAGAUCAAUUAAAAACAUCGACUUGUUGAUCUAUACAUAUAGAUAAAAUUGGAGUGUUUGUUUGUAAUACUGAAAUAACCGCUUUUACUAUAUGCAUAUGAAUAUAUAUCCGGUACAUACACCAAAAUAAUACUUUUUACAAUUUUUGACUGUUUGUCUGUUUGUUUGUUUGUUCCUGUUAAUCCCUGUAACGGCUGGACCGAUUUUAACGAGACUUUCACUGAUAGGUAGCUGGUGGUAUUAGGAGUACUUUGGCUACUUUUUUUUAGACUAGCUUCGCCCCGCGGCGUCACCCGCGGUACGACAAUAACCGCUGGUAAUAUCACGGAACUCAGCUAUAAUAAUAAAAUGUAAUGUUUCCGAAGCGAAGCGAGGGCGGGUCGCAGGUAACAAAUAAAACGGACCUUUAAUUAAUUACGAAGAUAAAUGUCGUGUAUUAAGGGAAAUGUCGCUUAAACCAAAUAUUCUUUCACACUUCGAUAUGUAAGUAGUUCUGACAGUCUGUUGCCAGUGUAUUUACAUUGUCAAUGACACGGUUGCGUCUGAAUUGUUAUCCGGUCUGUCCUCGACAAUAGGCUCCGCCGAUCAAAGACUUGUAAGCUAAUGGAAUAGGACGGGAAAAGUAAGAAAGGAAACUGAACACGUGUUUUGAGGUUAGAAUGUUGUCUGUAUAUGCAAGAAGUGUAGGUGUAACAAUGUCCGGUGUGUGCGGUGCUGCCGUUUUGUUGAAUACUCACGCAUCAUGAUGGCGUCUUAAGUGAAUUAUGAAAAGUGGCACCUUUUGGAACUUUGUUAUUUGAAUAUGUUAAAAACUGGCUUUUUUAUACGAUCCCAUACUCCCAAUGCCGUACACUUUAUUGCGGUGUAUAUUUGUUUUUACCCUAAAGUUAGGGUAUCUCUGCAUUAUCUUUAAAAUAAAAGGAUGAAGAUGCCAUUCGAUCAGUAAGUAUUCGACAAGACGUUUUUGUUUUUUUAUUUUCUAUUAAAUAUUCUUGUUAAAGUCUAAGCUUGUGCUUGCAUGUUUUGUAUCGAUUAAAAUAAAUCGAUUUUUCGUGUUAUUUAUUUCGGAAACUCAAAAAUUCUUAAUUAGUAUUAAGAUUAUUUAAUUUGUUUGCUGAAAACAAUAAAUGUACCUAUGUAAGCACUAUUAUUAUCAGUACGUCUUCUAGUGUCUACAAUCUUACUUUAAGUUCUAGUUUUAUUAAGUUAAAGAUUAAACGUUAAAAGUGAUUGGGCUUGCAGACAUUUUAUUAGUAUAGACAUUUUUUAGUAUUCGCGUGUGACGUCACUGUCCCCUCGGAUCCGACACUGCUCACCCCGGCGUGGGGUCCGGGGGCGGGCCAGCGGGGGGCGCGGCCGUGUACUAAAUAAUGUGAAAUUCCUGCAAGCGUAAUCAUAAUUUUGAAUUUCAGCACAUUCGAAAAUAAAUGUUUAAACGUCGUUUUUUUAUCGAAUUUUAUUAUAUAACUUACAGGAACAAAGUCACAAUAAAUUAUAAUAAUUAUCAUUAAAACAUCAUUUGAAUGUGUUAAGCUCUCGUGCUGACCUCACCGCGCGUGCUCUAAAGCGGUUGUCCCGAAAACUGGCACGAUUGUCAAAUUGAGGGCCUAUAUUUAGUGAUUUUGCUACGUCGAUCGAUGUUUUCAAAAGCAUCAAUUUUAGAAUGUUGCUAGCUAAUUGCGAAUGUCAAUGAAAUUAUGAGUACAUACUACGUAGUCUUUUUGAUUAGUCAAAAGUGAAAUGAAUUCUGUUUUGUACGUAUGUUGAAUAGAAGUGAGGAAGCACCAUCUCAGUGUAUUAACUAGUGUUCGCUGAAAGGAAGCCAAUGAAGGUGGCGCCACUGUAGCAAGUGGAACGAUUUUAAAAACAGCGCCAUCACACUUCAAUUCCACCCAGCACACUUGAAUCUUUUUAAAACUGCGAUAUUCAUAUCUUUUCCAUUUCCUACACUAGCACUAUUUAGUUCAGUCUUCCAACAAUAAUUUGCUGUUUACAGAUGUACACUUUUACAAGUUGUCCCCUAUACAAGAUGGCGCUUCUAACUUCUACCCUCCAAUAUUUGUACUGAUAGUAACUUUUACUGAGAGUAAUAAUAAUUGAAAUAUGAUGUUGAGGUGUGUCCGUUCAAAAAGUUACAUCAAGUUCAAGAUGAAAAAGUGAUUUAGUAGAAAUAUUGUCGACAAGUCAACAUUCUGUACAAAAAAAUAACAGAUGCUUCAUUUAAAUAAAAAUAAAAUACUGAUUUUUUUGUCGAAGGGAGGUUUGUUUUAUGGGAUAUAAAUGAAUAAAUGAUGAGACAGAGUAGUUCAUGUUCAGAGAGGUGGCCGAUUGAACGGACACUCUUCCAUUAACUGGUCGAAUGUGAGACGCCAACUGUCCACGGACUUCAUAGAGCAUGACACUCUGUGACGUCACUGGAGCAUUUCAUUUAGAUCUCGAAUGUUCCUGGAUCCUGUUUGUUUAUUGUAAUGCAUUGCGGUAUAUGUAUUCAUGUAGCAUUUCAAACGUCGUAUGGCAGAAACCGUGGGCCACACUGUACAUCCCACAACUGCCAAAUUUCCGUUUUCGGAAGGUUUUCGUGGGUCGAUCUUGCAUUUCUCAUGAGUUCGGAUACAUUAAAGCUAUAAAUCAUACGUAUUACAUUAGCUGCAUUAAGUCUGAUAGUCCUCUUACGCUAGCGGUGUUCACAGGUGCUCACGGUUCGCUGUUACUGACAUAUUAUAUGUGUUUAAGUUAAUGUCAGUGGAGACGGCCGCGUCCAAAUCGGCGCUCCUCUGCGAGACAAACUCAUAUUUUUUAUAUUCACAUGCAUAUGUUUAAGUGUAUGUAUAACUCUCACCGAGAUUGAUAUAAACGAUAUUAUAUGCAAGGAAAUAUAAGGAUUUGCAAUAUA